AUGCGGUCUACACUUCGGCUGUUGGCCAAUGUCAAGCCCCGGUAUCUGGAGCCGUUCGCUCCGACCGGAUUGACUGGCCUAACCACCCACCCGAGUCCCCGUCCGACUCUGAUCUAUCUCUACACUACCACCCUCCAGAAGCUGACCAACUUCCCGGAAGCCUCUGCCUACCGCCAAUCCGUCGAAGCUUUGACUCGUCACCGUCUCCAGAUUGUCGAGUCACAGAAGCCCCCAGGUUUCGAGGCGUGGUUGGAGCGCGUGAAGAAGACCGUUGGAGCCGAGCCCGAGCGAUUCGCCCAACUCCAGCGCUCUGACGGUACAUUCGCCUACGUUGGCUCACAGCAAGCCGAUGGCAGCGACAACUCUCGCGGUGAGGAAUGGGAUGGCGAGGGUCUGUCUGCCUCGACCGAGGGUCCUGCUCGUACCCCGCAGCAAGCCGCCGAGUGGCAGAAGAUUGUGGAGGAGUCCAGCUCAACUUCCGACAAGGCAGAAGCCGAUCAUUAUGAAUCUCACAUGCACUGGGAGAACGAGCCCGCUCUGGAGGCUCAGCAGGUCUCAGAGAUUGAGCAGAAGAUCGGUGCCGGCCUCAUCGAGGAGGUCAUUCAGGUUGCUGAGGCAGAGCUCAAGCUGACUGAUGAGCUGUACAAGGCUAAAGUGUGGGAGGAGCUAGAGGAGAAGCCUGUCCCCGGCCAGUGGACUUAUUUCGAGCGCGGAAACUAA